GCGCAUGCCAUUGGCUGCCGCCGGACGCUACCGGGGGUAGUGGCAGUGGCGGCCGGGGUGGCGGUGAGGCGAUCGGGAGCGGUCUGAUCCGCGGUGGCGGAGGAGGAGGAGGAGGAAGAAGAGGAGGAAGAAGAGGCACCAUGUACGGCUUCGUCAAUCACGCCCUGGAGCUGCUUGUCAUCCGCAACUACGGCCCCGCCGUCUGGGAGGACAUCAAGAAGGAGGCACAGCUGGAUGAAGAAGGACAAUUUCUUGUCAGAAUAAUUUAUGAUGAUUCCAAAACCUAUGAUUUGGUUGCAGCUGCGAGCAAGGUUCUUAAUCUAAAUGCUGGGGAAAUUCUUCAGAUGUUUGGGAAGAUGUUUUUUGUGUUUUGUCAAGAAUCAGGUUAUGAUACAAUUCUACGUGUCUUGGGCUCAAAUGUCAGAGAGUUUUUGCAGAACCUGGAUGCUUUGCAUGACCACCUGGCUACUAUUUAUCCGGGUAUGCGAGCCCCUUCCUUUAGAUGCACUGAUGCAGAGAAAGGGAAGGGACUCAUUCUGCAUUACUAUUCAGAAAGAGAAGGUCUCCAGGAUAUUGUCAUUGGAAUCAUCAAAACAGUAGCUCAACAGAUCCAUGGGACAGAAAUAGAUAUGAAGGUUAUUCAGCAGAGAAAUGAGGAAUGUGACCAUAUUCAGUUUUUAAUUGAAGAGAAAGAGUCUAAAGAAGAGGACUGCUAUGAAGACCUUGACAGAUUUGAAGAAAAUGGUACCCAGGAGUCUCGCAUCAGUCCCUAUACUUUCUGCAAAGCUUUUCCUUUCCAUAUAAUAUUUGACAGAGAUCUGGUUGUUACACAGUGUGGCAAUGCAAUAUACAGAGUCCUUCCACAGCUGCAGCCAGGAAAUUGCAGCCUGUUGUCAGUUUUCUCCUUGGUCCGGCCUCAUAUUGAUAUUAGUUUCCAUGGGAUCCUCUCACAUAUCAAUACAGUCUUUGUACUGAGGACCAAGGAGGGGCUGUUGGAUGUGGAAAAGCUCGAGUGUGAAGAUGAACUGACUGGCACAGAAAUCAGCUGCUUGCGCUUGAAAGGGCAAAUGAUCUACCUGCCUGAAGCAGACAGUAUUCUCUUUCUUUGCUCACCAAGUGUGAUGAACUUGGAUGAUUUAACCAGACGAGGUUUAUAUCUGAGUGAUAUUCCAUUGCAUGAUGCUACCCGUGACCUGGUUCUUUUGGGAGAGCAGUUCAGAGAGGAAUACAAACUGACUCAGGAGCUGGAGAUCCUCACUGACAGACUGCAGCACACACUGCGUGCACUGGAAGAUGAAAAGAAAAAGACAGACACGUUACUGUACUCUGUUCUACCACCAUCAGUGGCAAACGAGCUGAGGCACAAGCGUCCUGUCCCAGCCAAGCGGUAUGACAAUGUGACCAUCCUUUUCAGUGGCAUUGUUGGAUUCAAUGCCUUCUGUAGUAAGCAUGCCUCUGGAGAGGGAGCCAUGAAGAUUGUUAAUCUUUUAAAUGACCUGUACACAAGAUUUGAUAUUCUGACUGAUUCACGAAGGAAUCCAUUUGUUUAUAAGGUGGAAACAGUUGGGGACAAGUAUAUGACAGUGAGUGGUCUACCAGAGCCUUGCAUGCACCAUGCACGAUCUAUCUGCCACCUGGCAUUGGAUAUGAUGGAAAUAGCAGGCCAGGUUCAAGUAGAUGGUGAGCCUGUACAGAUAACAAUUGGAAUCCACACUGGUGAGGUAGUCACAGGUGUGAUAGGCCAAAGGAUGCCACGUUACUGUCUCUUUGGAAAUACUGUCAAUCUAACAAGCAGAACAGAAACUACUGGAGAAAAGGGAAAGAUCAAUGUCUCUGAAUAUACUUACAGGUGUCUUAUGACACCAGAAAAUUCAGAUCCUCAGUUCCACCUGGAGUACAGGGGUCCAGUUUCUAUGAAGGGUAAAAAAGAACCAAUGAAGGUUUGGUUUUUGUCCAGAAAGAGUACAGAGACAGAGGUAUGACUAACCAGAGUAUAAUUUGUUUUAAACAAAGCAUAAAUACGACAAAUUUAAUCUAAACCACUGAGAUCCACUUGCAUUUGCAAAACUAAAUAUUUCCUAGAAAAAAUUAAGUUGUACAACACUAUUUCAUUAAUGCAUUUACUGCCUUGACAGCACAUUCAAGUCCUUCGUUGUCUUUGCAGUUAUUGCAGUCCUUGAAAUAAUAAUUUUGUAUUUUGAGAAGUCCUUGAGGGAAUGCCAAGUGUUUUAGUAUUUAUAUCUCUCUCUUCUUAUGAAGAAGAAUUCUAUUUCUCCACUGUACUAGAUUUUGCAAUCCAAUGUCCAUUUCUGUUUAGCUGACAUGUCUGAUUAUCACCACUUCAAAAUUUAGCUCUUGCACUGAGGGAAUAAAUGUACCUUCAGAUAUUUAGGCAAAAGUCCAGCAACAAUUUGCAGGCAGUUUCCCAUCUGAUGUGCAUGGUGGUCUGUUAACCCCAGAUGGAUCUGCUUGCUCAGAGAGCCUUGCAUGAUAGAGGUCUUGCUUUACAAAUAUAUGAUGUAUGAGCCUAAAAUGGUGUAGGGUAAAGCUCAUCAAGCACUGAGUUGUCUUUAGGCUUUUAAGUGAGUGUAUUUAAUAUUCAAAAUACACCUGACUACAAUAAUGAAAGUCAUUAGUUACCUCUGCUGAAAUAAUUCUUGUAAGGCAAUUUCAAAGGAAAUUUAAUUAGUGUCUGAACUCCCAUGUGCUUCCAAAAAUAAAAUUUAGGCUGUUAAACUGUUUGGGCUCUUUGCAAGAAGAUGAUAUGAUACAGAUUGAUGAUAUGAUAAAGAUAUGAUACAGAUGAAUGACACAGAGUCAUUACUAUGGUUACCAAGUGUAUAAAUACUGACAUUUUAGUGGUAAUUCCCAGUAUUAACACCCAGUAUUAAACUUCUGGGGAGACCCUGUACUUAAACUCUGCUGAAGUCUGCAUUCUACUAUACAUACAGUAAUGCUCUGGGUGCCACUUUUGAUAAUACUUGUCUAUUUCUAUGCUUUAUCAAAAUCAACUCUAAUUUCACAUAGUUACCAUUCUUUUAAAUCUAUAGUUGUUUUAAAAAUAUAUUUUAAUUGAAUCACCUUUCACUUUUUUCUGCAUUAUAAAUUACAUUCUAUCAUUUGUAGCAGGCACAUUAUAAUUUUAAAUGGAAAAUUUCAGAGCUACUGAGUCAGUUGGGUAUUUUCCUUGUUUCCAUCCCACAAGUUUAAUAUGAAUAUAGGGUUCAGAUAGCUUAAAAUUCCAAUUUCCUUUUAGAGAUCUUGUACAACAGUUGGUUUUGUCAGUCCUCACAACAGUCCUGAAAGGUAUUUGCUGAUACUCUUAGCUAGUACUUGACCUUUGUAGAGAGGGACAUGAGGGCAGGAAGAAGCCUGACAAAAAAUAGUCAGCCUGAUUGUAGUAAGCUUGGGAGAAGACUAAAAAGAUAGAGUGUUGUGUGGUGAUUUGACCUAAUCAUUUAUGAAAGCAUCAUCUUAUGAAAGGUGAUUUUGAAAUCUGAAAGAAUAUAAUCCUCUGAUCAUGUAAUGCUUUUCCACUCCCUGCAAAGAUGCACUGAGUUUUACUCCUUUAAGAUUUUUCUGAAGCUCACAGUUUGUCUUGGGAAGGUACCCUACAUGUUAUUUGUGGCACUUCAUAGGCUGUACAUAAUAGUUAUGAUCCAAAAGUAGAAAUCAUGCUAAUGUAUUAUCAUAUACAGUGCUGUCAGUUUCAGAGGGACUGCUCAGAACAACGAAUAUGGCAUGUUAACAUAUAUUCAGAAACUUUAUGGUAAUUUUCUGAAACAUCACUCCAGAAUAUUGCAAUAAGUGGCUUAUAGAAGUAAACAUAAAAAUAUUUCUUAAAUAAUCCUGAAGAUAAUUCUGUACAUUAUUUUUUCACUGUGAAGUUUUCUACCUCCAGUAUAUUUAAGUCUAUGAUAGAUUCACAUUAGCACAUUAGUCUUCUUUUCAUGUUAUCCCUUGAGAGUGAUUAGUUCAGCAUUUGCAAAUAUAGCAGCUUAAUAUUUUACCCUGAAGCCCCAUAAUUAAUAUGUGCUGAGGAAAGAUGACAAAAUACUUACAGCUGGCAUAGAGCUGUGAAACCAAGGCUUAAAAUAUGCUCUCUGCUAGACCUGUAGAAAAUUGCAGUGCUGAAGCAGCUCAGCAUACCUCAAACUUGGUUCCUAAGUUGACAAUUCUAAUAUAAGUUACCAUGGGUAGAGGUUACUUCUGAGAAAGACUUGGUUUACCAGAAUCAGUGUUGGGAAUGCUGCUUCUUUUUUCAUUCAAGGUAUCUCUGUCACGAUACCAUUACAACAAAAAUCAGAAUUGCAUCAGAAAUAUUCAUAGAACAAAAGCAACUGGGAGCUAUUACUCAUUUUGCAUCUGCUUGUUUGCAUGCUUAUAAGAUAAAUUAUUAUUAUCACUAUUGUUUUAACAGAUAUUUAGCUGCAGUUUCUCUCUGGAGAAAGAGAUUUGUUGUAAAAAGUAAAGCUUGCAGAGACCCUGACUGCAAUUCCCAUAAUUUCCAGCUUCCAAAUAUAUUUCUCUUCUGCCCUGUUCCCACAUUACUUGUGGGAACAAGUUGAAGUCUCUCAGUCAGAGCCAGUAGUUCAUCAGGAAAUGUAGGAAUUGUUACAUUCCUACAUACAGCACAUGGGAAAGAAAUACAUGUGUUACUUAUGUGUGUUUUAUUAUUAUCAUUAUUUACUGAUAUUGGUUGCAAGUUGUAAAAUGUAUUUUGUCACUGCACUGACCCACCAUGUUGUUGCUUCAAAGAAAAUCCCUUACUUCUCAAAUUCUACUUGCAUGCACUCAAGGAAGCAGAGCAAGAUGCUCUCUGAAGAGGAAGAAGACGCUGGAUAGGGUGCAAUACUGUCUUCAAGUAGGGUGCCAGGUUGAGUUAUGGUUGUUAUUUUACAUCAUAUUUCCCAUUGUCAUGUGCAGUACCAUUGUCUUUUGCCCCACUCCUGAAAUCAUACAGUUUUUCUCCAGGCUUGCUUGCUAUUUUUAUUUCCUUAAUGUAUGGUAUUGUUAUAUCUCUGCUAUGAGCAUGUAUUUCAAGCUUUCCUUAUUUUGAUAUGCAUUUUUGCACAUCAAUCAUAUGGCCCUUUCUACCACCAGAUAAUACUGAAUAAAUUUUUUUACUAUGCACCACUUUGAUCUGAUGCUUCACACCUUCAUCUUCAUUUCCAAAGUAUAGUGGCUACAUGAAUCUAUGACAUUUUUUGAAAGAUAAGUAUUUCAGAUGUUGGGCAGAACAAUGAAAGGUCUAGUUUUUAAAAAAAUACCUGAAGCAGCCUUAUCAAAAUUAUUGGAUAAGUGUGGUUUAUCAGAUUUAGUUCUGCUUUUACCAUGCUUCCCAAUGAUUUUGUGAAUAACAUUUGGACACACUAAAUUCCUGGUUAGAAAAAUGUUCCUCUUUUGAUAUCAUCCUGAAUUUUCCCUUUGCAGACAUUAUGCAGACAUUUUCUACAUUGAAAGGGAGCAGUUGUUUGUCUGAUUCUGCCAUUUGAAGCAUGUGCCAAUGUACUUCUACUGAAAGGAUUUUCACUUGCAGUGUAUUUCUCAUUGAUUUUUAUUACCUAAAUGAAGUUGUCAUGUUAAUAGUAGAUUGCUGGACAAUUUUAGGCUACUUGUAGUACUUUCAUUCUUUUCUAAUGGAGCCCCCAGAAUUGAAAGCCAUGCUGCUAAGACAUGGUUGUCAUGAUUGCUCUUUGGUUUAAUCUCUCUCAUUUUCAGGAAUUAUUUUAUUCCUUGGGAGGACUUAAUAAUAAUAUAGGCAUCAUGGCAUAAUUAAGGGACGUAAAGCACAAUAGUGGUUCUUAUCAGCUGAUACAGUCUGUAAAAGUGGGUAAGGUUUCAGAUGUCUCUGGUUUCAUAUCUUCACCAAUUCCCACACAUAGAUCUUCCAUAACAUCAACAUACAGUGCAUUUUUAUGUGAAUAUUAUCUAUUCUUAUCUGACUGGUAAUUUCUGAAUAUUUGCAUUAUAAUACAGGAUAGUGCAAUUACUAUGUGUAUAAAAAUUUUCAAUACCUAGCAUACCAUUAUCAGCACAGAAUAUGUAUGUAUAAAUGUUUCAUGUUAAUGUGCAAAAGAAGUUGCAAUAAAUUAUUUUUUUC